CACAGCACAGAUGGAAGGAAAAAGAGAACCAUUUAAGACUAAAGACAACAACAGAAUUCUAUGCAAGAAAGAUGAGAAGAAGAAAAAGAGUCUUCUAUCUUCCACAAUAUCAUCGGUGACUGACAAAGUAGCCACCACGGUCAUAAACUCCAUCUCACUCACUAAAAAAGCUGCUCCAGACACUGCAGUCAAUCAGACCUCAGUAACAGUCAUCUCUUCUGGCCCCUCAUUGGUCGAUCUAUGGAAAGAAGGUGUGACCCAGUCCAUGCUGGAGCUAGCCAUGGCUGUGGAGCUGGAAUAUGCUGCGGACAUCUUCUCAGAUAUGAUGAAGAACCAGUGCAAGCAUGUCUUCCAGGCUGCUGACAUUCCAAAGUCAGUCACUUCAGAGAUGAGGACUAUGCUGGUGGACUGGCUGGUCCAAGUUCAUGAAUAUCUGGGCCUACAAGACGAGACCCUCUACCUUGCAGUCUUUUUAAUGAAUUCCUACAUGAAGGUUCACAAAAUCCAAAUUUCUCUACUCCAGCUCCUGGCAGCCAGCUGCCUCUUCAUUGCCUGCAAGAUGGAGGAGACACUUAUCCCUAAGCCAACAGAGCUCUGCUUCAUGAUGGAAGAUGCCUUCAGCAAAAGGGAGCUUCUAAAAAUGGAGAAGAAAGUCCUCAAACGGCUGAGCUUUGAGCUGCAUUACACACAACCCUUGUACUUCCUACGCAUCCUGUCCAUUGCUGGCAAGCGUCCCGAAAAGUGAUGCAGAACUGAGCAGCCCCCAGAAUCUAAUGGCCAAAACAGCUCUCCGGGCCGGCCAAGAGCUCAGAGCCACGUGGCAAAAGUACUCUCGUCCUCAGCGACUCGAGGUGAGCAUAGGACCUGCUCUGGCAAACUCUAGGCACCUUGCUAGAUGCAUAGCUUCGCU